ACAAAUCUGGAUACCCAACUGCUCAUUUUGAAGAAAUCUUUGUUUUUUGGAGGUAUUUUUUGGUAAGAUUUCUACCCGAACAAGGCAAGAUGGGAUCUUUAGUUCCAUAUCUGGACCUGAACCUUCUCCCUGACCACAACAUUGUUACACCCAAACUAGAGCCCAAACUUGAGCCACUAUACGAAGAACCCUACUACUCAACUCCGAAUCCUAAUUCCAGUUCUUACUCUAACCCUGACCCUGGCUAUUACCCUGAGUCUGGUUCUGAUGCUAUCCAAGAAAUCUCUCCGGUUUCAGAAAUUACCGCGGAGGGAAAUGAUGUCUAUUCGGAAUAUUACAGGAUUUCCCAGCUUUUUCAGUCUGCUUUCGCCAAGAAACUGCAACAGUACUCCGAUUUGACGGUUGUGGAUCCGAAUUCACUUGCGAUUGUUCCUCAGCCGGAGCAAACUAGCGUCUCUACGGCCGUCGUAAAGUUCAAGAAGCAUCGGUCGGGGGAGAUGAUUAGGGUUACUACUCUUGGGGUUGAGGAUGCCAGGUACUUUCGGGAUUUGGUUCGGCGGACGAGGAUGCUCUAUGACUCUCUGCGGAUCAUAUCUAUGGCGGAAGAUGAAAGAGGGGAAAAUAAUAAUGGUAAGAAAGUAAGGGGGGAUUUGAGGGCUGCUUCGUUGAUGAGGAACGGAGGUCUGUGGCUGAACAGGGACAAGAGAAUAAUUGGUUCGAUUCCUGGGAUUUACGUUGGUGAUGUGUUUUUUUAUCGGAUGGAGUUGUGCGUGAUUGGACUGCAUGGGCAGCUUCAAGCUGGAAUUGAUUAUGUUUCGGCGAGUCAGAGUUCAAAUGGCGAGCCGAUUGCGACAAGCAUUGUUGUUUCUGGUGGGUAUGAGGAUGAUGAAGAUGCAGGUGAUGUGAUAAUCUACACUGGUCAAGGUGGACAAGAUAAGCAAUUUGCGAGACAAUGCGUUCACCAGAAGCUUGAAGGAGGCAAUCUUGCGUUGGAGCGGAGCAGGUAUUACGGGAUUGAGGUACGGGUCAUUCGGGGGUUCAAAUAUGAGAGAAGUAUUACCAGUAAGAUCUAUGUUUAUGAUGGUCUAUAUCGAAUUAUUGAUUGCUGGUUCGAUGUGGGUAAGUCUGGUUUUGGUGUGUACAAAUAUAAGCUUGUAAGAAUGGCUGACCAACCUGAAAUGGGCAGUGUUUUACUGAGACUUGCUGAGAAUCUGAGGACAAAACCUUUGGAAGCCAGGCCAUCUGGUUACCUCAGUCUUGAUAUCUCCAAGGGGAGGGAAACUUUGCCCGUUUUCCUGUUUAAUGACAUUGAUUCUGAUCAAGAGCCAAUGUUCUAUGAGUAUCUUAUGAAGCCUGUGUUCCCGCCUCCUGCAUUUCAGCAUAUGGGUAAUAGCAUCGGAUGUGAUUGUGUUUCUGGUUGUUCCGCUGGUUGUUUUUGUGCUCAGAGAAAUGGUGGAGAGUUUCCUUAUGACCGCAAUGGGAUUCUCUUGAGGGGGAAGCCUUUGAUACUUGAAUGUGGCAGCUUUUGUCGCUGCCCACCUAAUUGCCGGAAUCGUGUGACUCAAAAGGGUUUGAAGCAUCGAUUGGAAGUUUUUAGAUCAAGGGAAACGGGCUGGGGAGUUAGAUCCUUGGAUUUGAUUCAUGCUGGUUCCUUUAUUUGUGAAUAUAGUGGCGUCAUGCUUGCCAGAGAACAAGUUGAAUUAUUUACAAUGAAUGGUGAUAGUUUGGUCUAUCCUAGUCGUUUUCCUAAAAGAUGGAUGGAAUGGGGGGACUUAUCUCAAGUUUUCCCUGAAUUUGUAAGGCCACCAUAUCUCUCUGUUCCUCCUUUGGAUUUUGCAAUGGAUGUAUCAGCAAUGAGAAAUGUUGCUUGCUAUUUCAGCCAUAGUUCAAGUCCUAAUGUUAUGGUGCAAUUUGUACUAUAUGAUCACCAUAAUAUACUGUAUCCUCAUCUUAUGCUAUUUGCCUUGGAAAACAUCCCACCUCUAAGAGAGCUCAGCCUUGACUAUGGAGUGUCCUGUGACUGGACAGGAAAACUUGCUAUUUGCAACUGAACAUUCUGAAGAGGUGGGAGACUUCGUGAUUUUGCAGUUCUUUCGUUUUUUUGGGGGGGGGAGAAAAUGAUGCCUUGAGCUGUUUCUGGGAUCAACUCAACUUCUUCUAAAGGAGAGGAGGGUGCAAAUGUUGAUUCAGGUCUCAGAUACGCAAGGAGGCAUUAACUCAUCAUCCAUCACAGUUGCUGUUGGCACUAUAAUUAUCGAGUGCUGAUUUUCAGCUCACAAAACCAGUGAUUCCGAGGAGAGGAUACAGCUGGGAAAUGAAUGACCAAUCAACUGAAAGAGUUUAUCCAGUUAAGAAAAGAAUCUCUAGUCAGUGAUUGAGCUGAAGUUCCCAGAUGGUAGAUCCUUUCAUGGACUUGGUGACAAAAUCUCAGCACCCGACUUUUUUUUUUUGUUGUUACAAGUUCCCCAUGUAUGUGUGCUUGUACAUAUAAAUGAUCAAUUCUUGUAUCUGCUCAUGUAUAUAUUUGUCCAAACUGGAUAUGAGACUAGCUUGUAAACGAAGCAUAUCAGUACAUGUGAAAUGGAUGGAUGAUUGCAGGUCGUGUUACCACAGUU